UUCUGGCUCUCCUUUUUUCCAAGCUCUGUCCAAAUAAUCCCAAACAUGUUUAAUAUUUAUACCAUGUUUAAAAUUUAAGUCAGAACUUUCAUGUGACCAAUUUAUAACGUUCAAUGUUUCAUUCACCCCACAUCAUUUUAAAUAAUUUUUUACAAAUCGAGUUAUAUAUUUAAUACAAUUCACCCAUAAAUAUAUAGACACUAAUCGCUUUUAACGAAUAAUUAUUAUACGUCAUGAAUUAUGUGCAAUCUUUUGUUGCUAAAUUCUGUUCCAUAUGCGUAUUUAGUAACAUUUAAUAAUAUUGCAAACACUUAUGCAAGUUAGUAAAAAAUAAAUUCAAGAAUAUUACUUAAGAUACAUGAGGAAUUAAUAUCUAGGAUAUCAAGAUUGGCAAAGGAAGUUUAAAGAGCACACGGGGGAUACAUUAACGAAAAGAAAAUUGAAUUGUUUUUUAUUAUAUUAUGUUCUCUGAUCCAACACAAAUUAAAUACAGAAACAUAAGUGACAAAAAUAAUAAAAAUUGGUAUAUUAUUAUCGUAUAUUGUAUUAUGGAUACAAAUGAUUGAUACAUGAUUAUUUAUAACAAUUUCCACGCUAACAGACAUUCUCUGCGAUAGAAAUCUCUCUCACAUUGUGAUGUAUACUAAUAAUUUAAUUUUGUCCACUUAUUUCGCACUGUGCGACGGCCGAGUGGCUCGAACAAUAAUAAGAAACGCAAAGGUAAGGAAGAAAUCGAACGUGUCGCAGCCGAAGAAACAGAGAGUCGCGAUCCUUUCUAAAACCGUGCAUUAGGCAUCGGCAUUGUGUGUACAAGGUGGAAAGGAUAAGAAAAAUCAAGGUACGGCCGAGCUUUUGGCAGCGUGGGGCACCACGCCGAUCGACGAUAGUACCUCCUGCACUUUCUCCCACCAUUUAUAAAGUUCGACUCGAAUCUCGCGCUCGUUCAGUCGUCCUGGUAUCACGUGUUGUGUAUAUAUCGCUACCGCGAAUUGGUACUCCUAAUCGCGUAUGAAGUGAACUUGUGCGUCAACGGGAAAUUCUGGAGUUCAGUGUUCAACGGAGUCUAAAGUUCUGAACUAUGAGGGAGCGAACGGUGCGUUGGAUCGCGGUAAUAUUUCUCGUCGCGAUUAUCCUGGAAGGAGCAACCUCGACGCGUGCUAAGAAGACGAAAUCGUCGAAAAAUGGUGGAAAUAAGGAGAAAAUAUCGGACUUGGAGGGAUCAGAGACCUCGUAUAAUUUGCCUUACAUGACUGACUAUGGCAACUCCUUCCAAUCUUUUGGAUACACGCAGCAACCAAGCAAUUCGUUUAGUAGAAGGGCUCCAAAUAGUGGGUAUUACUCGAACUUCCUGUUCGGUUUUGGGCAAAAUAUGACGAGCGAUAUUCACCAAGAAAUUAGGUGUGGCGAUACGUUCCCGAGACGCUGCGAAAAGUCGCGAUACAGAACGUACGAUGGCUCUUGCAACAAUCUUCGCAACCCUACUUGGGGUAUGGCAAACACGAGAUACGCACGUCUUCUGCCUGCGAACUAUGCAGACGGAAUUCGAGCGCCCACGAUGUCAGUCACUGGAUCAGAUUUGCCACUUUCCCGAAUGGUAAGCUACACUCUGUUCCCGCAUGUCGACAUUGACGAUCCAAUAUGGACUCUGGUAGCGAUGCAGUGGGGACAAGUUAUAACCCACGACAUGGGUCUAAUCGACGGAACUACUCAAUCAAAGCCCCAUGCAACAAAGUGUUGCACGGAUGAUGGACAGCUGUUAGAAUCGUCGCAGUUCAACAGUCAGUGUUUCCCGAUACUCAUUCCCUACAAUGAUCCAGUCUACAGGAGAACGAACACGAGGUGCUUCAACUUCGUCCGUAGUACGACUGACCUUGACCGUGGCUGCUCCUCGCAAUACAAACCAGCACAACAGCUGAACACUGUUACUCAUCUCUUGGAUCUCUCCCUGGUUUACGGAUCCGGGGAUCAAGUGGCAGCCCUCUUGAGAGCUGGUUCUGGAGGACGUCUGAACGUGGAUGUCAGAAAUAAUAGAGAAUGGCCGCCUGCAGUACCGAAUAAGACUGACGUCUGCGACACUCUGAACCCUAACGAUAUUUGCUAUCAAACUGGUGACUCUCGAGGCAAUCAGAACACCCAGUUGACAGUCCUACAAAUAAUACUACUCAGAGAGCAUAAUCGCGUCGCUGACAUUUUGGCUCAUCUGAACCCACAUUGGACAGACGAGACGAUUUACCAGGAGACUCGACGAAUAGUAAUCGCAGAACAUCAACAGAUAUCGUACUACGAGUGGCUGCCAAUAUUUUUAGGCGUUCAGGGCACAUACGGCAACAAGAUUUUGUAUGAAACGAAGGACUACGUGGACGACUACGAUCCCAACGAGGACCCAAGCGUUAUAAACGAACACUCGAACGCGGCUUUCAGAUAUUUCCAUUCCCUUAUCGCUGGGCGCCUUAACUUAGUGAGCGAACAUCGAUAUACGAACGGCGCCUUGAGGCUCAGCAACCAUUUUAACAGGCCAGCCGUUAUCGAAGAUCGCAACAAUAUGGACGACCUCACGAGAGGCAUGGCUUUUCAGCCACAGAAAGCCAGCGAUCAGUUUUUCGAUGAAGAGAUCACACAAUAUUUAUUCAGAAUGGACAGGCCGCUAGGAACCGACCUUCGAGCGAUAGAUAUUCAGAGGAAUCGCGACCAUGGCCUAGCAUCGUAUAACAGCUUCCGCGAAUAUUGCGGUUUGCCUAGAGCGAAGUUUUUCACCGAUUUUGCGGACUACAUUUCCCUCUCGAAUAUUCAAAAGUUAUCUAACAUGUACGCCAGCCCUGAAGACGUCGAGCUGACUGUAGGUGGAUCGUUAGAGCAACAUAUGCCAGGAACACUUUCUGGUCCAACGUUCUUAUGUAUUCUUACUAGACAGUUCUAUAGAACACGCGUGGCUGAUCGCUAUUGGUUCGAAAGGAGCGACCACGAUAUAGCAUUCACUAUAGAGCAACUGAAUGAAAUACGAAAAUCCAGCAUAUCCAGGCUGUUCUGCGACAACGGUGAUCACAUUACCCACAUGCAACCGAGGGGAUUCCAACAAGUAUCCGACGCCAACCCCGUCGUAAGCUGCGACGCCAUUCCAGCGAUGGACCUCUCGUUAUGGAAAGACUACGCGCCACAUAUAGGAACUCGUCGAAAUCUAGGCUACCCUUAUUUUAAGAAAUAAGUAAACCUAAGCUAAAAAGAGAUUGUUUAAAUUUUCUAAAGAGUUUGUAGAAACUGUUGAAAUUUUAUUAGAUAUGUAUAGAUGUACUUACAAGAAUUGUUACCAAUAAACUGUAUUACUUUUUGUAAUA